AUGGGACAAGGUAAAUCCAAACGAUCCCUAUCCAGGAAAUACUCAACAGGGUCAUUACCUGAGAAUCCAAUGUGCAAAGAGGAAGGUAAGCACAUGGAAUAGUCCCAAAAGUGCAAAUCCCACUCAUCUGGCACUCCAGGCAGACUCAAAUCAAACACUUAACCCAGUAAUAAGGGGGUUCCCUGAAUGUUACUUUGAGGUUGUGACCUCCUGUCUGUGUGUUGCAGCGUGGAACAAGACGGAGAGUACUCCAGUGGAGGAGACCCCACUGGUGCCUGAAUGUCUGGAGAAGGUCAGGAAAAGAUACCGCAAAAAGAGAACCAAACUGGAAGAGGAGUUCCCUUCGUACCUGCAGGUGACUUUCAAUCACAUGUACACUAAUGAUAUCCGUAUUGGUCUAAAAUGUUCAUUUUGAUUCUGUUAUCAUAGACUGUCUUAUUGAGCGAUUUAUAGGAAAAGGUCACCGGUACAAUAUGCAUGAAAUCACCUAAACAAGCACAGAGGUGCUUGUGUGGCUACAUUAUCUUUGUACAGAUGUAGGAUCUUAAUUUGAUCACUUCUGUUGCUGAGAAGUUUCCUACACUGCAGGAAAUGCAGAUGAGCUUCAUGAUUUACAAAAAUGAACUGAAAGCCUGCACUAACACACAGUUAGUUAUAUUAACAGUAUUGCACUUUUCAUGUAGCCUAAUUUUGGCCAGAUAAUAGCCUAACUACCGAUCAAGCAACAUGGACUAAACUUAAAAAUUGUUGCUGCGGGAUUAUUUUGCUGCAACAAUUCUGGUCAAAUUAAGAUCCCACAUCUGUAUGAACCAUUUUAGCCAAUACGUCUUAGCCUAAUUGUCCCUAAUCAUCUUCUUGUACCACAUUAGAAUAGUGCAUAUUCUAUAAGACAUCUCCAAGCAUUUACCAGUAGCAACUUUAUUUCACCACCCAGUUAAACCAGCACUUCAUAAGUCGCAUGUUGCCCCCUUCUCAGAUGUAUUACCGUCAUGAUAUUUAAAAAAUCCCUGAAGCGUCUCAGAGAGACGUUGCCCUCUCUGUGCCACGCCACACCUUUAAAAGACCCAGCAUGCUCAGCGUUCGGGGGAGCAGCCAUCCGUUAAGUGCACCAGCUGUCACUUUGGGCUUUCUUGUACGCCACGCUUAAAAUUUUUAUUUAAAGUUCCUCACCAGAGGAACGACUUUAAUCAAUUAUUUAAAUACCCGGCACAUUAGCCUUUUUAAUGUUUUACCACAGCAGGGAGCAGUCACAUCGAUAUUUCUGGAGCCGUUAGACAUGUUGGAAGCGCUAGCGACUUACUUAAAAACGUAGCGGCCCAGCCAGCGGUACAACGAUGUGUCGCCACUGAGUUCAGGCUUUCUGUGAGGUUGUGUGUACCCAUGUCUCUGUUUAUUUGUAUGCGUUUCUGUCUGUCUUUUUUUAGUUAUAUUUGUUUACAGUACAGGUAUAGGGCAAUUCUCAUAUAGGAAUCACAUCCUAUCCAAGAUAAAUUGAUUAUUACAGCCACUAGGUUUUACUAAAAUACAGUUUUUUUUAUCACUAUAAUUAGCGUCUAGUUGCUAUAUCAGUGAUUCGAGUCCACUUUCUAUUUUUGUGGAUCUAUGAGUUGACUUUAUAUGGUUGCAUCUUUAUAUGGUAUUGUGUGUUUCUUAGCUUCUAUGUAACUGGGCCUCUCUAGAGCGAGCAUGCAUGUAGCUCUAGCCAUGUCGCUGUCACGUUAGAUCCCAGGUGAUCGCUGUCACUGUACAGUAGGAAUCUAGAUAUACACUCUAUUUCUGUGUGUGUCUGGAUAACACUGGGGCCUAUAGAGUGCUGCAACACUGGAGUCUGGAUAACACUGGGGCCUAUAGAGUGCUGCAACACUGGAGUCUGGAUAACACUGGGGCCUAUGGAGUGCUGCAACACUGGAGUCUGGAUAACACUGGGUCCUAUGGAGUGCUGCAACACUGGAGUCUGGAUAACACUGGGUCCUAUGGAGUGCUGCAACACUGGAGUCUGGAUAACACUGGGGCCUAUGGAAUGCUGCAACACUGGAGUCUGGAUAACACUGGGUCCUAUGGAGUGCUGCAACACUGGAUUCUGGGCCUUGAGACCAUUCAAUGAAUUAUUGGGUUAGCAGUAGCGUAGCCCGAUUUAAAACUUUGGUUUAUUAGUAGCUUUACUUAACGUUCAGCAUGCAUUGUAAUUUCAAAUACUGUUCAAAUCUAGAAUUCAUAACUGGAUCCCACCUUCUGACACCAGGGCUGCGUUUACACAGGCAUCCCAAUUCUCAUCUUUCGCCCAAUUAUUGGCAAAAGAUCUGAUCUGAUUGGUCAAAAGACCAAUUAAUGGCAAAAUAUAAGAAUUAGGCUACCUUUGUAAACGUAGCCCAAGAGACAAACUUGCUUCCUGUCAUGUUUUGUUAAUGAAUGUGUUCUCUGUUUUCUGUAUCUCAUGGUCACUUUCUCAUUGUUUGUGUGGUAUGUUAACAGGAGGCCUUCUUUGGGAAGGAGCUGCUGGACAAGAGCAAGCAGAGCAAGCAGAGCAGGCAGGCGAGCCUGGUGACCACAGGGUUCUGUGAGGAGAACUCAGGGGCCCAUGCAGGGAGCAAACCCCCCAACGCCAGCUUCCUGGACCCCUCCUCAGGGGCCCAUGCAGGGAGCAAACCCCCCAACGCCAGCUUCCUGGACCCCUCCUCAGACCCGCUGCUCAGCGCUACCUCGACCACCACACCCAUCAGCAAAGCAGGAGGACUACGUAUGUUCACAUCUCUCUUGCUCCUUAUUUUAGAUGAACACUUUCUCGAGCUGUCACUUUCUCUGUCUUACACACACACACACACACACCGACGCAUUCACACACACAGACACAGAGAGGUUUGUCCUCAAGAGGUGAGCUGUCAUGUUGAAUCUCCUAAAAGUACAUUGUAUUCUACAUGCAGAGAAAAUUUGUUUCUCCAAUAUGUUUUUUUGCUUUCUCUAAAUCAACCCAGUCUCAAUGACAUCUUUCUAACAAACCUGAGCAGAAUGGAAAAAAGUGGCCUUGUAUUAGUUUGGGUACCACCACCCACCCCCCCUCCUCCUCUUCUAGAUGA